AUGGAGGACCUGGCGAGAGAGCGGCUCAUUGAGAGCGCACGAAGCCACCACGACAUAAAGAACAUAAACUUGUACCUAGCGAAUAUAGAGGAAAAUAUAAUAAGAAUUAAAAAUGAAGGAGAGAGUAUCAUCGACGAGGUGUUCCUGGCCUUCAACGGGUCUAUUAGCCACAUUUCCCUGUAUGCCUAUUUGUACGACCACAAGGUAAGUGUGAAUUUAGAUUGCCUCCAGCUUAUAUACGAGCAGAGCUACAUAGAGGAGGAAAAGGUGAUCGGAGAGGGAAGUAAGGAACAGGAGAGUGUGGUAGACAUUGCCAAAUUCGAUUCAGACCUGAUUCAUUAUCUGGUGAGUGAGUGCAGAAGUAACCACGACGAGUCGACCAAUUUCACCCACAAGGAAAUUGAACAAAUCAUUGAGAACCAUAAAAACAGAAUUUUUGACGAGUCCAUAAGAGUGUACAAGGACAAGUAUGGUGAUGCAAUAAAAAUAUACAACUGCUUCAUCGAUUUUAGUCAUUUUUUUUAUGAUGAGAAAAAAAUGAAGUUCAUAAAAAAAAAAAAAACAGAUAUUGUGGAAAAUUAUAACAAUUACAUAGAUGCAAACACUGACGUUGAAUUUUACGAAUUAAAAUAUCACCUGCUGACUAAGAAGGCGAAGGGGCAUGCCUCCGUUCUGUUUUGGUCGGAUGCUCUAAACGAGAUCCACAUUAAGAACAAAACGAUCAUAACAUCUGUGGAUGCCAUUAAGCUGACCAACACGGGACACCAGCAUGUGAUUGGCAUUUUGGGACUCAACCGCGAUGGCGAUAUGGUCAUCCAGGGCAUACGUAACGAAAUAAAGCUCUUCCUUAACCGGGAGUGCGUGAUAAAUCAUGGGCUGUACUGCAUUGGGCACGUGAUCCUCGUGCAGGGCCGCAUGCGCCUCGCUAAUAAGACCUUCUACGCCGCGGAGAUCAUGCACCCCCCCAGAAACUUCGAAGAGGAGCGGAACGAAGAAGACAUGUUCUACGAUUUUGAAAACGAAAAGGAGAAAAAAGAAAUAGAGGAGUACGAAAUCAUUGUACGCAAAAAUGACAGAAAAAAAAACUGGAUUAUCAUGCACGAUGUGUACUUGGACAAUCCACACACGUUCGAGGUCCUCGAUAAAAUGUUCACCUUGUAUGUGAAUACCUAUCCUGAAAAUGAGUUACCUGUGGGAUUCAUAUUUAUGGGAGACUUCAUAAGCCUCAAGUUCGAUUACAACAAAAAUUUUCACAAUGUCUACAUAAAGGGAUUUGAGAAGCUGUCCGUUAUGCUGAUAUCGAAGUUCAAGCUAGUCUUAGAGCAAUGCUACUUGAUCUUCAUUCCUGGGAUGAAUGACCCAUGUGCAUGCAAGAAUAGCGUGCCACAAAUGCCCAUCCUACCAUACUAU